CAGAAUGGCUCUCUAGGAACAGGGGCGGGGGAGAAGUAUGUAAAUAAAGACGGCGGGGCUGCAACAGGCGUAGAUUACACCACCCCCGUCCACAUCAGCCCUGCGUGCAAGUUUGCCGUUUGGAUCUCUUUAGCACCUGAGUCACCAGCCGGGGCUGCUUCUUCAAGGAUGAAUGACAUGAAAGUAGCGGUUCUGGGCAGCGAAGGAACGGGGAAAUCGGCUCUUACGGUGCGCUUUCUAACAAGGCGUUUCAUUGGAGAAUAUGCCUCUGACUCUGAAUGCAUCUAUACAAAACAUGUCUAUCUGGAUGGAAAGCAAAUCAACCUGGAAAUAUAUGAUCCUUGUUCACAACCUCGACAAGGGAAGCUGUCCCUCACAGAUGAGCUCCACUGGGCAAACGGGUUUGUUGUCGUGUACGCCAUCAGUGACAGAGCCUCCUUUGCCUUUGCAAAAGCAUUGCUGUACAGGAUACGAGAGUGCCACUUGGGAGCUUGCAAAAGGGCUGCAGAUUCCACUGUUGUUUUAGUUGGGAACAAGCAAGAUCUGUGCCACAUGCGAAAAGUUGGCUGGGAUGAAGGGCAAAAGUUGGCCCUGGAUUACAAAUGCCACUUCUGUGAACUGUCUGCAGCAGAACAUUGUCAGGAAGUAGCAGCCAUGUUCACAAAAGUCCUGAAGAACGUCACCUCAAACACUAAAGGGAAGGAGAAGAGGCGGCCCAGCGGGUCAAAAUCUAUGGCCAAACUGAUCAACAACAUGUUUGGGAAGAGGAGGAAGUCUGUUUAGGGGAAGAUCCACCAGCCGCAAUCUGGGCAGGAAGAAGACACCCAAAUGAGAACCUAGUCCACAUGGAGAUUUACCAAUACACGUCUGUUUAAGGAGCUCCAAAGGAAGCCACAGAACAAUGCUGAAUUAUUCACACGUGCAUAUUCAUUCCUUGAGGUCUCGGUGAUGGAUGACUCGCGAGCCCUCUCCAUUGAAAAGUGUUGUGUUUUGAGUUGACAUCAGAUUAAACUUGCAUGUCUGGUGCUAGAUCCAGACAUGCAAGUUUAUCUGCUACUAUAGUCAAUGGGUAGGCAAUGGGGCUACCUUCAUCUAACUGACAUUAGUCAUUUAGCAGAGUCCAACUGAAAGCAAUACUGGAUCAGGAUCCACCUGUGCAAACAAGGCUCAGAAGGAUACAUUGAGCAGAGACUAGAUUGCAGUGACUACCUUCCAGAUCUUUAGGGUCUGUUCUAGCCUUGCUCUACGAAUUUAAGCAAAUGACUUCCUGUGCUUAUUCCCUCAUUUUGUUUGGAUUUAUGCAGGCAGACCCUGGCUGUACUCAGACAGCAGUUUAUUCCAUUUCCCCAACGUUUCCUUACUUGACAAUUCCCACAUUUUAUUUGACCUUUCACAUGACGUAAAAGCCACUUCUGGAAAUCUAGUGGCAUAUAGUGGAAGUUCAGUGCUCAUGGUGUUCAUGGUUGUCUCACACCAAGCCCCCUGGUGCGAAUGAAAUUUAGGGCUACAUGGUUGGUAUAUCGGUCAAAAAGCCACAGUUCCAUAAGGCAACAGGAGCUGCAGUGUGAAAGGAAUGUUAGAAACCAGGACAGAAGCAUUAUCAUUAUGAUCAGUAAAACUAAUGCAGAAACCCCAUUUCUAAAUGCAGCCCCUGUUUAACAAUACAAUCCUGUGCAUGUCUACUCGAACUCCUGCCAUGUUCAAUGGAGAGUUACUCUCCUGUAUAGGACUGGAGUCUAAGUCUGCCUUGAGUUAUAUUGCUUACUUCUAGUUAAGGCUUUCAAGUAUUCCAUAUUAUCAGCAAUAAUUAGUUGCCUGCCUUUCAGGAGCGUUUCAUAGUACUCAGAGGACUUACAGCACAGGCCCAUGACACAAAUGUGUAUAAAAUUUCCAUAUACUAAUUUCUAGGUGUAGAUGCAAUUUUUAGUGCCUGAGCAAAACAAGAGAGUGGGUGCCUGGAGUCUCACUGGCAUGGUAUUUUGCACCAUGCUGAGCAGCCUUGUAAGCAAAGUUUUUUUAAAAAAAAUCUUUGAACACACACACACAGAAAGGUGGGCGGGAGAGUAGAAGGAGAACUCCAUCCCGGUGCAAAGGAGUCAAGUCUCAUGCCAUCUGGGCUACCCCUUUCAAUGUCCCUGGUGCCUUUUGCACAAUAGGAAAAUUGAAGAAGGGCUGUCACGUUGCAUGCAGGUGUGGGAUUCAGUCCCUGACAUCUCCAUUCAGGGCUGGAAGAGACUCCUGUCUGAAAUCUGUCUGAAAUCUGUGUCAUAGCCUUCUCUGUUUUUCAUAUUGUGUAUCAAAAGGUCUUUGAUCAAGGAUGGGGAACAUCAAGGAAAGGCAUUAGCUCAGUGGUAGACCAUCUGCUUUACAUGCAACGUGACAGCCCCAGCAUCUCCAGGUAGGGCUGGGAGAGGGUCCUACCUGAAACCCUGGAGACCUGCUUCCAGUCAGUGUAGACAAUACUGGCCUAGAUGGACAAAUGAUCUGACUCAGUAUAAGGCAGCUUCCUGUAAUUCUUAAUAUGAGUUAUUGGUAGUUCAGGCCUUGCCCUAAAUAAAAGCAAAUACCUGAAGGGAUGCCUCUCUCCAUACCAGCCUGCUGAUAUCUUCAGAUCUGCAGGAGAGGCUCUUUUCAAAGUUCCUUCUCUCCAUUCCCUGAUAAAAAGAGUCUUCUCUGUUAGGGCACCCUGGUUGUGGAACACCCUCUGCGUAGAGGGAUGGCUGCUGGCCCCAACCGUGCAAUGUUUUUGGUGCUAGGACAAAACCUUUCUGUUUUCCUGGGCAUUUUAAGUUGACCAGUUACUCCUGCUGUAUCAUUUCUAGUGCUGUGCCAAAAUCUCUUCUCCAGUUUCCCUUUUUCUUCCUCUGCAAAAGAGGCUUACCUUUUUCCUGCCUCAUUCUCAGGGCACAUUAGAAUUUUGGUAAGGGCAGUCUUGAGCUUGCCAUAUUGUUGCAAGGUGGCCAAGGGUGGUGGGUAUAUGUUUGUCUUCCCAGGAAACAGUCCUCUAGCACUCUGCAACUUCACCAGCUGCCUGCACUUCCUGAUCUGAAAAAUUUCCUAUGGAAGGAAAUGUCUCCCCUUGGGGAUUAACUGAAGUGUGGAAACCCAGGAAGGUUACAGGGUGCAGACCACUGGUGAGAUAAUUUGCAGAAUGAAAGAAAUAAUGUCCACCACCAUCCCUCGGCAACCUCAAAUGCAAGGUAAACAAGACAAAAAUUCUGCGCCAUACCCAUGAAAAUUUCACCAAGAUUUCCUUUCCACUUUUGAUAAUUUUUGAAUGCCAUUUUUUCUCAUUAAUUAAUGGGAAAUGGUUAAAAACAAACAAACUUAGAGAUAAUAUUGGCAUAGCAUCAACCUUGCUAACUUUUAAUGUUGUUUAAUUAUUGAAUUUUAUUUUAAUUGUAUUCUUCUAGUUCUAUGGCCAUUUUUGAUAAUAUUUAUUGUUUACUGCUCUGAUAUCUUUUGAUGAAGGGUGAUCUAUAAAUACUUUAAGAAAUAAUUUUAAAAAAAGGUAAAAUAAACUGGGGGAAAGAAUGCAACAUCUUGCUUGCAGACUGCUUCCUCAUAGUUGCUUGGUAUAUUAUCAGAAAUGGCGAAAAAUAGACCUACAACUGACCAAAGUUUGAGUUUCUUGUGCUUCUGGGUAGUGUACAAAGGAAAGCGCUGUUGAAUGUCCAAGUAAGGUGCAAAAUUCAUUUGGGAGCAUUCACUUUUCAACACUUCUUGAAAUUCUGCAAAGCUACCCCAGUGAAAUGCAGAUUUAGUGUUUGUGAGAGAGAGCAUACACCAGCUUCAGCAUGAACUAGAAAAGUAUAUUGUCUGGUCAGUCUUCAGCAGGGAUGGAAUCUGUUGUCUCGUGCCGGUUCGAAAGCAUUCCAUCGACCUAACAGGCUGGUAUUGAUUUGAGCUCGUUCUUUGACCUCUGCCCACUGCUUCACCCAUUCAGUUUUUUCCAGUAAAAAAUAUUUUGUAAGGAAAUAUCAAUAUUUUGUAAGGAAAUAUCAGUAUUUUGAAAUAUCAG